AUGAAGCCCGUGUAUGCGGACGCGUCGGACGUGCCGUCGCUCUCGGCCGCCUCGCUCGCGCGAGCCCGCACGACGCACACGCGUCACAAGCAGCUGCUCCGUGCCGCGCGCCGGCCACACGAUGCGCCCCCGCCGCGGCCGGGCGCCGACGAGUGCUGUGGGAGCAGCUGCAAGCCCUGCGUCGUCGAUCUCUGGCGCGAGGAGGUCGAUGUGUGGCGGGAGCGCUGGUGGGGCGACAAGAAGGGUGGGCCUAAUCUUAGUGCGACGGCGACGGCGGCGGCGGCGGCGGCGGCGGCGACUUGCAAGGUCGCAGUCGAGGGCGAGCAAAGCAAAGACAAGCACGACAGGAUGCCGGGUGCUUUCUCGCUGGAGUGGUGA